AUGUCUCCCCCAGGUACAUUUCUUGUGUUGAUUGUGACGCUAGCGGCUGCCGGGCACGUUAGUGCGCAGAGCGACCAGACUAAACUCGCCAGGGCAAGCUCAGAGUUCGGUUUAAGCCUUUUCAAGGAACUGUGCUCUACCAGGAAGCCUCAAGAAAACGUCUUCUUCUCCCCAAGCAGCAUCUUCGCAGCGCUGACCAUGGUCUACGCUGGUGCAAAGGGUAGGUCUGCCGCGGAACUUGAGACUGUCCUAGGCCUACGCAGGGCAAAAAUCACGACGCGGGACGCCGUUCUCGGGGUGUUCAGGACGUACCUGAAUGACCUCCAGUCGCCCAACGUGACCGUGAAUAAUGCCAACGCAGCUCUGGUCGACAAAAGGCUUAGAAUUCUCGAGAGCUACAAGCGAGACCUGGCUAAGACUUUUGGUGCCGAGGUUCGGUCUGUUGAUUUUGAGAACAAUCUGAAAAAAGUUGUGUCGGAAAUUAACCAGUGGGUCAAGACGAAGACAAAAGGCAAAAUUUCCGAUAUCGUUGGCGAAGAUUCCUUACGCGAGGCAGUGAUGGUCCUCAUGAACGCUAUAUAUUUUAAAGGCUCAUGGAAGAACGCCUUCGACACCAAACAAACAGCUAAUUUUCCGUUCUACAAUGAAGGCAUAAAAACUGUCCAGGUGAAAACAAUGACAUGCAGGAGUCGUAUGAAGUAUCGUGCCCUGCCAGAGCUCAAGUCUCAAGCCGUCCAGCUUCCAUACUCCGGGGACCAGUACAGCAUGGUCAUUCUACUUCCAAACAACAGGACCGGACUUCCUCAGCUCAUACGAGCCCUCUCGGUCAGAACACUUCUGACUCUUCAGAAGAAACUGUAUCAGUACGAAGUGAAACUCAGACUCCCGAAGUUCGAGCUAAGAACAAGUUACAAGCUUGGAGAUCCGUUGCAGAAGCUCGGCUUAACAUCCAUAUUCAGCGCUAAGGCCGACCUAUCGGGGAUCUCAAGUGAUGUGAAACUCAAAGUGUCAGAUGUUGUGCACAAAGCUAUGGUGGGUGUGAGCGAAGAAGGGACCGUCGCAGCCGCUGCUACGAAAUUCCAGUUGGCAGCUCUCAGCGGCCGCAGAUAUCCUAUUCCAGAGUUUUACGUCGACCACCCUUUUUUAUUUUUCAUCUGUGACACUGUAAAACAGCGCAUCCUCUUUAUUGGUGCGGUUCAUAACUUGUGA